CACAGUGGAGAAGAGACGAGCAGAGAGGAAGGAAAGGAAAGGAGAGCAGAAGAGAAAGGCAGAGAAGGGAAGAGAGGGAUCACUCCCCUUUGGGAUUCCUUUGCAUCGGCUGCCUGGCUGCAUGCUUUUUUUUGCACCUGGAUAAUUUCUCGUGACAUUCUCAAGAUUCUCCUGCCAAAAUACUUUUAAACAUUUUUUUUACACAAAUAGAGGAGGGGAUUGGCCGAGGAUCACCUGCUUUAGUCUUGUUUAUUUUGAAUCCUUCUUCAGCUUCCUCCAUCCUCUCUCUUUCUCUCUCUCUCUGUCUCUCUCUCUGUCUGUUUAUUCUGUGGAGGCGUGAGGUGGUCGAGCCAUCGGUGUGGGAGAGAGAGAGAUGUCCUUCUGAUCUUGCCAGGCGGCAUCAGAACUCUAAGCGAGCGCGCGAGCGAGAAGAGAGGAGAGCGGAGCAGAGCAGAGCAGAGGAGGAGAGAGAGCUGCGCUGUGUUGAGCUGCACUGAUCUGCUCACGAGUCACAGACAGACCUUCGCAAUGGGAGAUAAAGGCACACGGGUCUUCAAGAAAGCCAGUCCCAACGGCAAGCUCACAGUCUAUCUUGGGAAGAGGGACUUUGUGGACCAUGUGGACCUGGUAGAGCCAGUGGAUGGUGUUGUGUUAAUCGACCCAGAGUAUCUGAAGGAAAGGAAAGUGUUUGUGACGUUGACGUGUGCCUUCCGCUACGGCCGUGAGGAUCUGGAUGUCCUGGGCCUGACGUUCCGCAAGGACCUCUUUGUGGCCAACAUCCAGGCCUUCCCGCCGGUGGCCGAGGAAAAGAAAAGCUUGACGCGGCUGCAGGAGCGCCUGAUCAAGAAGCUCGGCGAGCACGCCUACCCUUUCACAUUCGAGAUUCCCCCCAACCUGCCCUGUUCAGUCACACUGCAACCAGGCCCUGAGGACACAGGGAAGGCCUGUGGGGUGGACUUUGAAGUCAAAGCCUUCUGCGCGGAGAACGUUGAAGAGAAAAUCCACAAACGGAACUCGGUACGGCUGGUGAUCAGGAAGGUGCAGUAUGCCCCAGAGAAGCCUGGCCCCCAGCCCAUGGCAGAGACCACGCGGCAGUUCCUCAUGUCCGACAAGCCCCUUCACCUGGAGGCCUCCCUAGACAAGGAGAUUUAUUACCAUGGUGAACCCAUCAGUGUUAAUGUCCAUGUCACAAACAACACAAACAAGACGGUCAAGAAAAUGAAGAUUUCAGUGCGUCAGUAUGCCGACAUUUGCCUGUUCAACACUGCCCAGUACAAGUGCCCAGUUGCGACAGAAGAGUCAGAUGACAUAGUUGCCCCGAGCGCCACCUUCUGCAAGGUCUACACCCUGACGCCCUACCUGUCCAACAACCGGGAGAAGAGGGGCCUGGCCCUGGACGGCAAGCUGAAGCACGAGGACACCAACCUGGCCUCCAGCACACUGUUGAAAGAAGGGGCCAACAAGGAGAUCCUGGGUAUCAUCGUCUCGUAUAAAGUCAAAGUCAAGCUGGUGGUGUCCAGAGGAGGACUGCUGGGAGACCUUGCAGCAAGUGAUGUUGCAGUGGAGCUGCCUUUCACGUUAAUGCAUCCUAAACCCAUCGAGGAAUCUUUGUACAGAGAUGCUACAGAGAGCGAUGCACCAAUCGACACCAACUUGAUAGAAUUCGACACAAAUGAUGACGACAUCAUCUUUGAGGACUUUGCUCGGCAGCGGCUGAUCGGUGUGAAGGACGAGAAAGAGGAGGACGAGGAGGGCACAGACUCGCCCUGCUUGAACGACAGAUAAGUUGGUGAGCUGAGCGGAGUGUGACAGAGCGAAGUGAUGCGGCGUUGAGUUGACGACCAUUCUCCCUGAGGCAGUGGAGUUUCUUUUUCCUGGGAUAUCUCCUGUGAGGCCCGACUAGACCUACGGCUACAAAACCUGGAACAAGAAAGCCCCUUUACAAACGAUAAACCCCAGAGUUUGAACGAGAACGAGAGACAGAGUGAGAGGGGAAAACAAACACACACACACACACACACACACACACACACACACACACACACACACACACACACACACACACACACACACACACACACACACACACACACACACACACACACACACACAGUGGUGCCAUCAUCGUGUUUCUUGUUCACAUUCGUCUUUCCAUACAAGCUGGGACAAAGUAUUAGAAAAAACAAACUUAAAAAAAUAAUAGAUCUACUGUAUUUCGCUACUUGUGCAACCUAGACGUCAGCUGUUGGUUGGCGAGAGCGAGGUAGAGUGAAAGAUUUCUGUGCAUAGGCUACUUUAGGCCUCUUUCUAGGCUUCUGGGAUUUCCUAUAUCAACGUCACUCAGAACUGAGAUCUUUUACCAUCGUUGCUAAAAUCUUAACUUGAGUGGAAGCAUGCCUUGAAGAAAAAAAAAUAUCACUUUGUAAUACAUGCUUUCUUUUUUAAAAUAUUUUGUUCGAUUUUUGUUUCGUUGCCACUUUGUAACAAUAGGAAUGAGAAAAAAAGUAACAAACAUGGCAAAGAUAAUCCAAUUUUAAGCCGACACAUCUCUGCAUUACUUCCCGUUCUUUGCCACUUUCAUUGUCACCCAAGACUACUGCCAAAUUAUGAGCUGCCGAAUGUCAGGGAAAAUUUACAUAGAGCCAAAUUAACUAUGUAUGAUUCUGUGUGAGCAGUGCCUGAAGGCAUUAUCGCACGAUUCCUGUGUUCCCACUAAUUCAAAUCAGUUCUUAGUUCAUUCACCACAAAAAGGACACAUACUGUAUACAUUUUACCCAAACGUUCGUAGAAACUAGUCUUUGAGGACUCACAUUCAUCCAUGUCACCUUGGAAAGACACUUCUUUCAAACUUCAGAAGUACAACUAUGAGCUCUUGACUACAUGGAAACUAUAUACUAAAAUAUAUUUUUUUAUUUGCAAUCUGUUUCCUCCUCUCAACAGUGGUCCCCCAAUGUACAAUGCACAGCCAAUUACCGAUCAAAGUUCACGAAAGUCCUUCAGUGGUUCAGGUGCAAGCAUGAUACAGGAAAAGGACAUUUGGCGUUGGCUAAACAAAGAAUGAAUAUUCAGGAAAGGAAUGCACACUGAUUUCUGUUUACUUUUCGAUACCUUUAUGUAGAGCGGUCAUCAUGUUUUCGAGGCAUUUGCUUUCAGAUGCAACUUGCAUGCAAAGUUAAGCAAGCUAUGUGCACGCUGUGCCCCUAGUCUUUUUCCAGCAUGGAAAGACGUGCCCCAAAUGGCAUAUUCAUCGAGUACUAAAUUGGUAAUAUGUUGUCCUUCAGAAAUUCUCUGUAGUCAUUUGGUAUUUGUAUAGGUUAAUAAUUUUGCACAAAAUGUUUGUCGGUGACGUCAAGCUUACACAGAUAGAUCUUUCGUGAAUCUGGCCCCCAAGUCUGCAAACGUGGCUAGGGAAUAGGGGUAAUGUGUGCAAGGACUAUUUAGAAGCAUCCAUAAAAGUUAUUUUGCCUUACAUCAAAUGUGACAAGUCGGUAGUGACUGUUUGAGAGAGAGAGAGAGAGAGAGAGAGAGAGAGAGAGAGAGAGAGAGAGAGAGAGAGAGAGAGAGAGAGAGAGAGAGAGAGAAUGAGAACAGGAGAGAUCAUUUUUGACUGUUCUAUACCCUCCUUUGUGGAAAAGCCUUCUGAAACGUAGCACUGAAAUGCAUACACAUCCUGGCUGAAUCUCAAAUGGUGCACUUGUGCACUUUAGUGUUCAUGUUUCAGUGUGUAUGCCGUAUUUAGUUAUGCACUGAAACAUAGUGCCCGAAGUGCACAAGUGCGCCAUUUGAGAUCCAGCCCAUGAGUCCCUUUUACAUUCCCCCGAGCUUCACCAGAGUGAGGCCUAGACUUUCAAUGCCAUGCCUCCUUGCCAAACCACAAUCCUGUCUCAAUUUAUUUCAAAUUAAGGUGGACCAUUGAGUGUAAUUUGUAGGUCAAUGAUGGGUUUCAAAAGGCAGAACAAACAGCCGGAACCUAUAUAUUCAGAGCUUGUGUAGUUUUGUCUUCACAGCUUUUCUAAACAGAAGAUAAGAGUCUAUGUUCAGUGUUUGUCGUGUAUUCUCCAGGCUAACACUGUAUCGUAGAGAAGCGAAAGAGCCUUAUUACUAAGACACUAAAAUUAAGCUAUAUUAUUACCUAUUAAGAAAAGGAGUGGCCUUGAUUUCGUGCAUGAGACGUAAAUACUUUGUACGUUUUUUUUGUGAAUGGGAGUCAUGCUUUUCCAAAAUUCACUCUUUUUUUUGUAAAGGUUUUAUUAUGACAAUGCCGUCUCUUGAGUCUUGUUCCUUUCACAAUAAAUAUGAAAUGUCGGAUUACUUUUAUUUUGACAUGCUGCUCUUGAUCAAAAUCAUUGUUUUUUUCCCCUUUCUGCUUAUUGUGUUUUAUGUUUU